AUGCGCAACUUCCUGGAGGAGCUGCAGCGCUUUUGGAUGACCGAACUGGAGGAUCUGGAGAAGGAGAUGAAGAAGAAAAAGGAAAUAAAUAUCGUCAAUCUCUCGGAGGAUAUCGCCGGUCUCAGUGUGAAACGCACAGAAAUGGAGAAGAAUUGCCAACAGGCCACUAUUGAGUUCCUGAAGGGCAUCGGGACUACGGUGACCAGGUUUCAGGAGUUGAAAAGAAGGCGGACACUGCUGGGAACUCUCCAGGCAUGGAAGAGAGACUCAUAAUUUACACUCAGAAAAAUUCAUUUCUGAAGGAUACCAUGGAGAAAUGCAAAGGGCUACCGAUGCAGGCACUGAAGAAAAUGAAUAUCACUCUGGAGCCGGGAACAGAACACCCUUUUCUUGUUAUAACCUGACGAGUUUGAGAAGAAGAAGAAAGGCAGGACGCGCUGGACAACCCUGGGAGAUUCGACAGCAUGCUGUACUUGCUGGGCCAUGCAAAAUUCACCUCAGGAAGAUAUUGGUGGGAGGUGGUGGUGAAAGAGGAGAAGGAGGAAAGGGAAUGGGCCACCUGGGCCAUAGGGGUUGCAAAAGAGUCUGUCAGGCGCAAAGGUUUUGUCAGCAUGCUUCCUUCUGAGGGGAUCUGGGCCAUUGGGAAGGCAAAGGAUGAGUCAGCCUCAUCUGAUCCCUUCUGGGCUUCAACCCACCCUGAGUGGAUCCCUUUGAGAUUGAGUUAUGAGCCCAGGAAGAUCUGGGUGUCCCUAGACUAUGAUGAGGGUCGUGUGGAAUUCUAUGAUGCCCACACUAAUGGUUUGAUCGUCAAUUUCCGACAAGCCUCAUUCUCUGGGGAGAAGGUCCAGCCCUUUUUCGAUGUUUGGUGGGGAGUUGGUCUGAAGUGUUGAGUCCUGAGGACGAUCCUCACCGCUCCCAGCUCUUCCACCCCCACCCCAGAUUGAGAGGAGGUGGUAGCGUAGCAUUUUCUCCACAGUGUUAUGAGUUUGUGGGUGCCAGACAUCCUAAGGAAGGAAAUUUUAAGGAAGGAAAUUUUGCCCUUCUGCAAAUCUCUGCUGGUUUCUCCUCCUUCGUGGCCACGAAAGGAAUCAGCCCCGUCAGAUUCGUCAGGAUAAGCUAGGAAGCAAGCUGUGUGCUGCCUCUCUGAUCAGAGCCUCACCAUCACCCAGGGAACGAACAACAGAACGAAGCCCCUCGGCCAGUGACUUCUGCUGCCGCACAAUAAAAUGCGACAAGUCUUGCCAAAACAAAAAACAAAAAAACCAGAGCCCGGCUCAGGAGGAGCCCAAGAACCUCCUUUACGACAUGAAUGACUGCUACUCCAAGCUGCGCGAGCUGGCGCCGAGGAUCUCGCAAGGCACCAAAGUCAGCCAAGUGGAAAUCUUGCAGCACGUCAUCGACAAUAUCUUUGACCUGCAGAUCAUGCUAGAGGAACAGGCAAAGAAGGGGCAAGAUCCGCCCACAGCCAAGACUUCCUUACUCUCUUUAAAAGCAGCAGAGCGGGCAUCUGAACUUUGUUCAAAAGAGGAGAGGAAUCUCUGCCACUAA